CAGGGGCUGCUGGGGUGGGGACAGAGGCCCCUGCUUCACGUCCAGGUUCUGCCUCCAGGGUGAAGGGCACUUGCGGUCCACACCCUGGGCUUUGACGUGAGCACAAAGCCUAGAGGUGUGGAUCACAAACCAGCCUCCCAGCACCUCACGCUUCCUCUCUGCAGAGCCAGGCUUCUUCAUCACUUCCCCAGAUGGCUGGGAUCUUCAGCUGAGCUGAGACCAGAACCUAGAUGCCAGGUUACGGGUUACGAUCAGACACAUCCGAACACUCUACAUUUUCACCUCUUUAUCUCAAGUUUGGAGCCAUCUCCCCUGUGGCACAUUUGGAUGAAUCCAGACAAGAAUAGAAAUUUUGGCUGUGCAGGGUCUUUGUUGCUGAGCAAGCUCUUCUCUGGCUGUGAAGAGUGGAGGCGACUCUCCAGUUGCGGAAGUAGCAGAGUCCCAUGCUAGCCAGGUGGGCGAAGGGGAGUGAGGACGAUCCACCUGCCUUGGAGAAGACACCAUCUGACCCGCCGGCCGAGUGAGCCCCCAGGUGGCCCCAUGAGCCGGACCAUGGACCCGAUUCACAUCAGCAUGGCCAGCGCGCCCCUGGUGAAGCACACCACUGGUGCUGGCCUCAAGGCCAGCAGACCCCGAGUCAUGUCCAAGAGUGGGCACAGCAACGUGAGAAUUGACAAAGUGGAUGGCAUAUACUUGCUCUACCUCCAAGACUUGUGGACCACCGUCAUCGACAUGAAGUGGAGAUACAAGCUCACCCUGUUUGCCGCCACAUUUGUGAUGACCUGGUUUCUGUUCGGGGUGAUCUACUAUGCCAUUGCCUUUAUCCACGGGGACCUGGAGCCCAAUGAGCCCCCUUCCAAUCACACCCCAUGCAUCAUGAGAGUGGACUCCCUCACUGGGGCAUUCCUGUUUUCCCUGGAAUCCCAGACGACCAUCGGCUAUGGAGUCCGUUCUAUCACCGAGGAAUGCCCUCACGCCAUCUUCCUCUUGGUGGCCCAGCUGGUCAUCACCACCUUGAUUGAGAUCUUCAUCACGGGCACCUUCCUGGCCAAAAUCGCCAGACCCAAAAAGCGGGCGGAGACCAUCAAGUUCAGCCACUGCGCCGUCAUCACCAAGCAGAACGGGAAGCUGUGCUUGGUGAUCCAGGUGGCCAACAUGAGGAAGAGUCUCCUGAUCCAGUGCCAGCUCUCGGGGAAGCUCCUGCAGACCCACGUCACCAAGGAGGGUGAGCAGAUCCUCCUGAACCAGGCCACUGUCAAGUUCCACGUGGACUCCUCUUCCGAGAGCCCCUUCCUCAUCCUGCCCAUGACGUUCUACCACGUGCUGGAUGAGACAAGCCCCCUGCGGGAUCUCACCCCCCAGAACCUGAAGGAGAAGGAGUUUGAGCUGGUGGUCCUCCUCAACGCCACCGUGGAGUCCACCAGCGCCGUCUGCCAGAGCCGCACGUCUUACAUCCCGGAGGAGAUCUACUGGGGCUUCGAGUUUGUGCCUGUCGUUUCUCUCUCGAAAACCGGCAAGUACGUGGCUGACUUCAGUCAGUUUGAACAGAUCCGGAAGAGCCCGGAUUGUACCUUUUACUGUGCAGAUGCUGAGAAGCAGAAACUCGAAGAGAAGUACAGGCAGGAGGAUCAGAGGGAAAGAGAGCUGAGAACGCUUUUGCUGCAGCAGAGCAAUGUCUGACGGCAGUGGUGUUGCCUCGGCUUAUCUCUGAGCGACUUUCGCAUCUGAGCUACCUUCCAAUGCAGAGAUCACCAGGAAACUGAAAAAGUGUGGACGUGCCCUGAAACACUACGCAGACUUACAGACCUGUUCCUCUGAUCUGAUGGCUUUAAACAAUCUUUGCCACCUCUGAGAGGGUUCCUUUCUUCAAUGCUCUGUCUGAAGCAAACUCCCCAAAUUCAAAUUUUCCAAAAGGGGGCUGUAUUUCAAAAAAGCUGGUGGAGGGCUAUGGGAACAAUGUCCUACUGAGCGGACAGACAUUUCAGGAUGCUGAUACUGAAAGGAAUGCACUUCUUAUACAAGGAUGUCAGCUAUAAUAUAAGGUAUUUAUUCAGUCCAAGUAUGAAAAAUGUCACAACUGAGAGCUGAAAUGUGGUUCGGUAUCCACUUACAUCGUUGCUUUAAAACACACUCAUUUUUUCAAGCAGAGAAAACAGUAUUUAUAAUGGAGGCUAUCUGGUCAUACAUAAACUGGGGCAAAGGGACUCUGUAUUCACAAAGUAUAACAAUUCCGUUUUUACCUUUUUCAGUGCAUGUUGUUGUACAGAGUGAAAUUGACCAAAUUAGGAAUGAACUGUUGUAAAAACAUGCAAAUGGAGAUGAUGUAAUUGUUCACAUUAAAUUUUUUGUUGAAAUGUACUAGCCCCUUUCUGUUUAAACUGACGUUCACAGGUCAGUAGCACCCAUCAGCGUCAUCCAGGAGCUUUAUUAGUAACUUAGUCCCAUAUGGGCUUAAUCUGUCAUAGUCUGUAUCUUAACAGGAUCGCCAAGUGAUUCAUGCAAAAAUGAAAGUUUGCAAAGCUUCACUCCCGACAGAGUUUCCGAAGUAACUUUCUGAAGCCAGGGGACUCUGCUCAUCCCUCAUCCCCUGUUCUUUAUUGUGGACUGAUAUUCCUUUCAGGGGUUUCCUUCCUUAUCUAUUAAAAUACCUUAUCCACAGAGGAACUGCCAUGGACAUUUCAAGAGCAAAAUAACACUCUUGAUAGUAAUGGUUGUCUCUCUCAAGUCAAGUACAUGCUUGCUGAUUACAAUCAGCACAAGAGAAAAUUUCAGCUGCAUAACAAUCAAAAAUUUGCUCCUUCGUUGAAGUCCAGGAGAUUGGCUGGGGCCAUGAAGAACAGGAGGAACCAAGGCGAAGGAGUUCAAAUGCAGAUGACUCCUUGAAGCAUGAACAAAGCUUGAUACCCCGAAAGCGUGUAAAGGGUGCCCUCAGUAUUGAAAUAAAUCUCAUACAACUCAGUUUUCCAGAGUAACAUUUGGAUUUUGGCAGGAUUUAGAGCAUUUCUUUGGGGGCGGAGAAUCAAUGCACUAGGAUUGGCUAAAUGUGCAAAAGGUGAACUCUCAUAUCAUUCAGACCAGGACAGAUUUGAACAUUCAUUGUUCAAAUGAAGAAUGGAUGUGCACAUUACCCCGUACCCCCUGUGUAUGCAUAUGCUGACCUGCACACACAUAGACCUGAACACACACACACACACACACACAGGCAUGCUCCUCCUGGCUCUUCCGUCAUGGUUGUGGAAAUUAUCCACAAAGACAUUUGUGAUGAAGACAGCAAGUCUUUGACAAAUGUGCUCAUGUUUACUUUGUUCUUUAAGAAUGGGAGCCCUGGGACUCAGAGCAAACAAGGCCUGUGAUCUGGAUUCAGGCUAUCUGUGAAAUGGUGUCAUAUCAUGAUGUUACCAUAAUCCCAAGUCUCCUGCCAUUAAAGAGAAAAUGUGCCUGAAACCUCUGACCCGGAACUGAACAUUUUAACACAGGUAUAAAAACAAUGGAGUUGAAGUUGUGAAAGUUUAAGAAACAAUCCUAGUGCACAAGAAGUUAUUGUCUUCAGUUAUUCAGGAAGUUUUUUUGUUUGUUUCUGUUGAUCAUUUUAUGGCAGUUUGUUAAAGAUCUUCAUUCUCUUUAAAAAGUCACAUUAGUGUAGUUAGAUAUGAGCCCUUUCAAUUAUUAAACUUUUUAAUUGUAUAAUGUAGUGAAAUCACAGGAAGAUAAUGCCUCGGCAUGUUUACAAUUUUUCGCUUGUACCAUAAAGUUUAUUCACAGAUUUACAUCAGUGCUAAUUUAAGUGUGAUCAAGAUUGGGAAUCUUACAUACUUAUAUUGCAUAUGGUACAAUGAUAUAGCAUAAGAUUGAAAAGUCUUUCUUUAUGUUCAUUUUGCAUAUCUAUUUUGGCCAAAUUUGGAAGACUUGAUCAUCUGAUCUAUUGCAAUACACACAAAAUAAAUGUGUAGUUUCUCAGAACCCAAUAUUUGUACCAGUCAAUAAAUCAUGUUGUAACAAACUAUUCAAUAAAUAGCACUAAAGUUGUGUCUGAUUUGAAACUUAGUAUUUUCUAAGCACACUUAAUGAUUAUUACUUUGUACAAAAUCCUUUCGUGCUAACAUGCUCACAAAAGGAUUCAGGUGGCAAAAUUAUUUGAUUGUACCUGGACAUGAAUCUGACUGAAACAGACUCAUACUCAACAUCCAACUAAGAACAGUCAAACUAAUAGAGCGUUUUGACCCAUAAAAAGGGUUUUUGCAUUGUGAAAGAUUUCCAGUGCAUCAAGCCUUCUCAGUGCAAUUGUUCAAAAUGAUUCUGUUCCAUUUGAGAAAUCAGAAUGUGAACAGCAUCAAGUCAGUGUAAUCUGCAAGCCGUGUCUUAUUUAUGUGAUAAAAUAUAUUGUGAUGGUAACCCACUCCAGUAUUCUUGCUAUGGAUAGAGGAACCUGGCAGGCUACAGUCCAUGGGGUGGCCAAAGAGUCAGACACAACUUUGAAACUAAACAGCAACAGCAUUGUACUGACGGGGCACCCAGUAGGCACUGCAUGAAACAGUCUAGUAGAGAUUCACUCAGUGAUCAAGACAAACCAUCUUUGGUUUUCUUUCUUACUUAUCAGGAAAUUACAGCCCAGAAAUGACUCCAGGAACCUAAAAGAACUGGUUAAAAGUAAAAAAUGCCAUGCAUGAGUGGACUAGAUAUUUAGAUAAUUAUUUUGUCUGAUUUUUCUCUGAAUUCACUGAUUUCAAUCCCAUAAAAAUGUACAUUUUGUUGUAGUUAUUCAGUCUCUCAGUCAUGUUUGACUCCUUGUGACCCCAAGGACUGCAGCAUGCUAGGCUUCCCUAUCCUUUGCUGUCUCCUGGGGUUUGCUCAAACUCAUGUCCAUUGAAUCAGUGAUGCCAUCCAACCAUCUCAUCCUCUGUCACCCCCUUCUCCUCCUGACAUCAAUCUUUCCCAGCAUCAGGGUCCUUUGCAAGGAGUCAGCUUUUCGUAUCAGGCGGUCAAAGUAUUGGAGCUCCAGCAUCAAUCCUUCCACUGAAUAUUCAGGGUUGAUUAAAUAAGACAGAUUUUUUUUUUUAAAGGGACACUUCUACUGCAGGAUGACUCUUUCUUCCUUCUUGAACCUUCAGGACUCGGACAUCAUCUGGAAGAAAGAAGAAAAGAAAAAAGCAAAGUCAGGAAGAGCAGAAGCCUCUGCCCUGGUAGCUCAGUAGAGGAGCAGCCUCAUCUUUAGGCAUGGUUCUGAACCCGGUCUCUGGUCAAAGAGUUAGACAUCGGAUGGAGUGACAAUAGCAAAGCCUUCCAGCCUCUUACUCUUGGCUUUCAUGUGUGCUAUAUAUUUUGUUCUGUUAAAUAUUUGAAAUAGCUAGUUAUAAAUGCAGGCUAUUUUACUAUAGCCUUCUGAAACGGAAUUUUUUUCAAGUGAAAGGUAGUGGCAUUUCAAGUCUUAAUUUCCAAGUUCUUCAUUGUGCAUAUUUCAGCAUUUGACCCUGCAUAAGUCCAAGGUGCACUUAAUUUUCUUCCCUUAGGAAGACUUACCCCUCCCUGAAGGUCUAAAGCUUAACAUUUCACUUCUAAUUGAUUAACUAUUAAUACAUAUACUUUGCCUUUUGUGAAUUUCAGUUUAUCUUUAAUCAGAAUGUCCUGCCAACCAGUCUUUGGGUCUCUGGGCAGCCAAGAGUGGCUUCUGCUCUUCAGAGUAAGGUGUCUUGGAAGAAGAGUUUGAGUCUGCAGAGUAAGAAUUUGCAAUGAAAAAGUAUAAUUGGAAUUUAAUUUUAGAAUUAGAAUUAGAUUUAAAAAAAUAAAGCAGUUACUUAACUUCUCGAGGCAUUUGUAUAUUCUUUGGUAGACUUUUUUUUAAUUGCUGCUCUGUUGUUUUGAUUUUUUAAAAGAAAUCAGAAACAACGUCUUUGUCCUCAGAGUAAGGAAGGCAGUGAGAAAGGUGUAAAAAGAUUAAAGCUAAUAGUUGACCAGUUAGGCUUCCGUGUAAACAGACUUCUACCAGUGAAAAAAAACUUCAGAGAAAAUAUUGGUCAUUCAGUCUCACAUUACAACAAACCAUCAUCAUAUCCUCUGGCUUCCCAGGAGUAGCAAUUUUCCUAACUCUUAAGAAACACUGAUGAAUUAAGUCCAACUUUUUUUCCAAAAACUUUCCAUUAGACACAUAAUGAGAGAGAAACAUGAGGCAAAAAUAAAGCUCCAGGCAUUUCACUUCAUCUUCAUCCUCUGUCAGUUCUCCUGAGUCAGUUUCCUCCCAGCUCCCCAUGUGCUUGGUUGAUUAUGCCUCAUCUUUGCCAACCAUUCUAGCAAGCCAAAUAAACCCAUGGGUUAAAUAUAAUCAAUCCAAAUUAGUAGUAAUAACUUGCGGACAUUUAGAUGCCUAAAAACUGGGGAUAGGCACUCUCAUCUUUCAAUGAGUACGUUGCUAGUAUGUUAAAAUGGAAGACAGAGAAAAAGCUGCUGAUUGGAGUGGAUAGUUAAUUCCUAAUAAAAUUACAAGAAUUGAUUAUGGAAGUCAUAAGACAUAAUGGGUACAUGAGCAUAAAUGCACAAGGUGUCAUAUAUGUAGAUAAAGGGCCACAUGACUAGUAAAGGGAGUGCAGUGUACACAUGCUCAGUCGUGUCUGACUCUUUGCGACCCCAAGGACUAUAGCCCACCGCCCUCCUCUGUCCAUGGGAUUCUCCAGACAAGAAUACUGGAGUGGGUUGCAUUUCCUCCUUCAGGAGAUCUUCACGACUCAGGAAUUGUACGCACGUCUCCUGCAUUGGUAGGCAGAUUCUUUACCACCGUGCCACCUAGAGAGACCCCUAGUAAAGAUAAUUUCAGCCAAACACAGGGGUCUUAGGUAAAUUCUGGGCAUGUUCUUUGUCACAGAAAGGCUGGGAACAGUGGGCUCAUCAUUUUGUAUUACUAACCACCGCUAGAUGGGUAAAACCAAAGAUAAAGGCAUCCGUCUAAAAGCCCGUUACCACAUUUUUUGUUUAGCAGCUCCAACCUUGUGAUGUACUUAGCUAUGAUCUCAUCUUUCCUCAAGGCUAAAUCUUAUCUACUAUCCAUGCCUUCACAACAACCUAAGAUAUCUAAUUUCACCCUUCAAAAAUAUUCAUGUUAGACGUAGAACCUACUCAAAAUUAGACUCCAAGGGAGCUACUACAAUUGAUUACAUAGUACCCAUUCUCUUAGAAAAAAAAUCAGAGGCUGUUGAUUUUCAGCUAAGAAAUAUGACCUUUUAGCUUAUUAUUCUUAUGAUUGUUAUUAUUGUUAAUACCUUUAAUAUUGCUGAAAAGGUAAAGAGUUCCAAGAGCAUGAUUGGAUGGGAGUUCAAAGGAAUGACUUUUUUUUCGACACUUUGCUAUAAGGUAACCAUAUUCUUUCAUCAGCAAUCAAAUCUUAAGACUAAGGAUGUUGUAUGAAAUAAAAUCAUUACAGGAAGUAUGACGAUAUCAGGGACUUUUUACAAAAACAAACUUCUGAUCACAAGAGGAAGCUGUGUUUGUGUGCUGACAGAAAGUAUUUAACAGCAGUCAGGAGAGGAAGGCAGGAUGACAGCCAACUUGGAUCUAUUUUUGAAGAAUUAUUUCUGUAGAGUGUCAUGGAAUUGUAAGUUACAAAAAAGAAUGCUUUGGUAAACAGUCCUCUCCAUUCCAAAAGAACUCACUCCAAAAUACCACUUAAUGAAAUUCACGGGAAUGUUAUGAAGAUGGAAAUCCCAAAUGACAUGCAGACUUUACAAGCGAACAGUCCUACUUUUUGUAAAUCCUGGCAGUGUGCAUUCACCAAAAUCUCCGUCACACCAUGCUCUCUUGCUAUAUAUAGCACUCCAUCUGAUCUGAUCACUAUACCAUGCAGCAAGAUGCAUGUCCUUGCUUUCUUCUGAUUUUUAACUAGUCUUAAAUUUGUCUUAGCAUAACAGUGACUCCUGCUUCUCAAGGUUGAGCUACUAUUUGGUACAUUUUAGAAAUCUCAAACUAACAUGUGUGUAGUCAGUCACCACUGAACCCAAUGACCAAUCAGCUUUAAAUAUGUCUUUUUAUGUUCUAUGAAUUCAUCCCUCUAUUUAUCAAACCAUUUCUUGUUUUCAUAUGUAACUCUAUCACCUUUCUUUUAUUAUAUAUGUGGAAUCUCUCUCAUCUGUAAAA